AUGGCCACCCCCUUCGUGGUCUCCUACGACCCCGCUGCGCCCUCCGACGGCCUCUCUCUGCAGCAGAUUGCCUACUUUGGCCGUGUGCUGAUCAAGGCCUCAGACGUCGCUCAGACUGAGGCUUUCAUCCGUCAAAACUUCCGUCUUCUCGAUAUCUACGUCGAUGCAACCAGCAUUUCCUCGACCGGAGACCUCGUCGACAUCCUCAACACCGGCGCAGCCAAAAUCUUCAUCUCCCUCGGGCAAUUGACCGCGCUCUCCGAUGAACAAUCCGUUCCCUCCUCCAGACUCGUCGUAUACACUUCAUCUGAUGCCGAGGUGGAAACAUUCCAGAAAUGGGUGGUCAAACACAUUGAGCGUGAAGAGGCAGGCUUGUGCACGACUUCGUCUGCUGUCCACCACCUCUCUGUCAAGAUGGGACUGAACCCGGAGGCCCAGCUUCUUUACCGUACCUACUCUAGCGACGUGACAGAGGAGGCUAUCAAGGAUACAAUGAAGCAAGGGGGUGUCAGUAUUGUGCCUUCGUCCGCGUUGGCUGUCAGCCGUGAGGAGUCGACUGGCAAGAUCCAGGCUGGCUCUCUUAUCGCGACCCGUGGUGUUAAGGACCAGAGCAAUGGUCUUUAUGCCACCACUGUCACCGAUGAGAGGGGUACGUGUCUCGGAUUUGUGUGGAGCAGUGAUGAGAGUAUCGCCGAGGCCCUCCGUACUGGUACUGGUGUCUACCAGAGCCGCAAGCGGGGCUUGUGGUAUAAGGGCCAAUCUAGUGGAGAUGUGCAAGAAUUAAUCCGUGUUGGAUUUGACUGCGAUAGCGACUGCUUGGUCUUUAUUGUUAAGCAAAUUGGACGUGGCUUCUGCCACCUUGGUACUGCUAGCUGUUUUGGGCCUUAUACUGGUUUAUCGCGUCUUCAGAAGACGCUCCAGGCCCGCAAAGCCGAUGCCCCUGCUGGAUCGUACACUGCCCGACUCUUCAACGAGCCCAAGCUCACACAAGCCAAGAUCAUGGAAGAAGCCGACGAAUUGUGCCGUGCCGACACCAAGGAGGAAAUUGCCUUCGAGGCUGCCGACCUCCUCUACUUUGCCCUCACUAGAUGUGUUGCUGCCGGUGUUAGCCUCGAGGACGUGGAAAGGAACCUUGACCUGAAGAGCUUGAAGGUGAAGAGAAGAAAGGGUGACGCAAAGGGUCCUUGGGCCGAGAAGGCUGGGCUUGCACCUGCUCCCGAAGCCAAGUCUGCUCCUGUACCAGAACAACCCAAGACAGAUACCUCUCGGAUUGAGAUGACCCGUGUUGUUACCGCUACAACCUCAGUGGAGAAGGUCGACGAAUACCUCCAGCGGCCAUCCCAGAAGUCCAACGAUGAGAUUGUUGGCCUCGUCAAGCCCAUAAUCCAGGACAUCCGCGAGAAUGGCGAUGCCGGAGUGUUGAAAUACACCCACAAGUUUGAGAAGGCAACAUCCCUGACCUCGCCUGUUAUCAAGGCGCCUUUCCCAGCCGAGCUCAUGAAGCUAUCUCCCGAGAUCCAGGAAGCAAUUGAUGUCAGCAUUGCCAACAUUUCCAAGUUCCACGCCGCCCAAAAGGGCAGCAACGAUGCUCUGAAGAUGGAGACUAUGCCUGGUGUGGUCUGCUCUCGCUUCUCGCGCGCUAUUGAGCGUGUUGGUCUGUACAUUCCUGGUGGAACUGCUGUUCUACCCUCUACUGCGAUGAUGCUGGGUGCUCCCGCCAUGGUCGCUGGUUGCAAGAAGAUCGUAUUCGCCUCUCCUCCCCGUGCUGAUGGCAGCAUCACUCCUGAGAUUGUCUACGUCGCCCACAAGGUUGGAGCCGAGAGCAUUGUUCUUGCUGGAGGCGCCCAGGCAGUUGCCGCUAUGGCGUACGGUACUGAGAGUGUUAGUAAGGUGGACAAGAUCCUUGGACCUGGCAAUCAGUUCGUCACUGCAGCCAAGAUGUUCGUCUCGAAUGAUACCUCUGCCGGUGUCAGCAUCGAUAUGCCUGCUGGACCUAGUGAAAUCCUUGUCAUUGCAGACAAGGCCGCCAACCCUGCAUUCGUCGCCUCAGACCUUCUCAGCCAGGCUGAACACGGUGUUGAUUCCCAGGUUAUCCUCAUUGCCAUCGACCUUAACGAGAAGGAACUGCUGGCUAUCGAGGACGAGGUGGACCGCCAGGCGAGAGCCCUUCCUCGCAUGGACAUUGUCAAGGGAGCUCUUGACCACUCUGUGACAUUCGUAGUGAAGGAUAUCGACGAGGCAAUGACGCUCAGCAACAAGUAUGCCCCAGAGCAUCUCCUUCUGCAGAUCCAAAACGCCGAGGCCGUGGUCGAGAAGGUCCAGAACGCUGGUAGUGUCUUUAUCGGCCAAUGGACCCCCGAGAGUGUCGGUGACUACUCUGCUGGUGUCAACCACUCACUGCCAACCUACGGUUACGCCAAGCAGUACUCAGGUGUCAACCUCGGCUCGUUCCUCAAGCACAUCACCAGCUCGAACCUCACUGCUGAGGGUCUUCUCGGCUUGUCCAAGACGGUGGAAACGCUUGCUGCUGUCGAGGGGCUGGAUGCGCACAAGCGGGCUGUGAGCAUCCGCGUUGCGGCGAUGAAGCAGUAA